UUCAUGAUUACAGACAAUCUCACUCACACUAUUAAUAAAUGCUCACACAAUCAACCACUACACACAACAAACCCGAAAUGGAACAGGCCAAACCCGACCCGUUUCACGACGGCGCCACCAUCAUGCUGCGGCCGCCGCGUGACCCGAUGGAGUUCUUGUCUCGUUCUUGGAGCGCUUCUUCUGUCGAAGUCUCUAAAGCUCUCUCCUCCUCCUCCUCCUCCCCCGCUCAGCUUCCACCUUUUUCUUCUAAUGCCACCAUCAUUCUUGAGGACAUAGCUGGUGAAGUUGAAGAGUCUGCUACUGUUUCUGGCAACCCUUUUUCCUUUGCUUCCUCUCAAACCUCUCAGAUGGUCAUGGACCGUAUCAUGUCACACUCGCAGGAUGUAUCUCCACGCACAUCAGGAAGACUCUCUCAUAGCAGUGGCCCUCUCAAUGGCUCCUUGACAGACAGCCCUCCACUUUCUCCCUCUGAAAUUGAAGAUUUCAAGUAUAACCGCUCUAACAACCACAACCAUAACAGCAUCACCACCAGCUUGAAUAGUCAGUACCGGGCGGCCGCAGCUGGCGGUGGCGGUGGAAAGACCGUUGGGAGGUGGCUGAAGGACAGGAAGGAGAAGAAGAAGGAAGAAAUGAGGGCCCAGAAUGCUCAGCUCCACGCGGCGGUUUCGGUUGCCGGGGUUGCCGCAGCAGUUGCGGCCAUUGCCGCCACAACCGCCGCUUCUUCAGGCUCCGGCAAGGACGAGCAGAUGGCCAAGACGGACAUGGCGGUGGCGUCGGCGGCCACGCUGGUGGCUGCUCAGUGUGUUGAGGCUGCGGAAGCUAUGGGAGCUGAGCGGGAUCACCUGAGCUUGGUGGUUAGCUCCGCCGUGAAUGUGAGGUCUGCCGGCGACAUCAUGACUUUGACAGCGGCGGCGGCGACAGCUUUACGUGGGGCUGCCACGUUGAAAGCAAGGGCCCUUAAAGAGGUUUGGAAUAUUGCAGCUGUAAUUCCUGUGGAGAAGAAUUUGGGAGGUGGUGGCUAUGGUAAUAAUGGUAAUGGCAAUGGUAGCAAUGGCAGUUCUCACAGUAGCUUCAGUGGUGAACUUGUGCCAGAAGAAAAUUUCUUGGGCAUCUGUAGUAGAGAAUUGCUAGCUAGAGGUUGUGAGCUCCUCAAACGCACGCGCACAGGUGAGCUGCAUUGGAAAAUUGUAUCUGUUUAUAUAAACAGGAUGAACCAGGUUAUUCUGAAGAUGAAGAGCAGACAUGUUGCUGGGACCAUCACAAAAAAGAAAAAGAAUGUGGUGCUUGGGGUGAUUAAAGAUAUGCAGGCUUGGCCUGGCCGGCACUUGCUAGAAGGUGGCGAGAAUCGCCGCUACUUUGGUUUGAAGACGGUGAUGCGGGGUGUUGUGGAAUUUGAGUGCAGAAAUCAAAGAGAGUAUGAUGUGUGGACUCAAGGUGUGUCAAGGCUUCUGUCGUUUGCUGCAGAAAGGAACAACAAGAACAGAAUAUGCCCUUCUAAGUGAUUUAAUGAUGAAAUUGUACCAUGAACAUGAUAGAUCUUUAGAUAAAUGGUGGUGGGGUUUGGAUCCAUUUGUAAAAAGGGGAAAUUAAAGUCCUAGUUAUGGUAGAUAGGGGUGUCUUUAAUCUUGGGGAGCAAUACAUUAAUGUAUUUUUUUGAAUGGGAAAGUAUUGUAAUUUGAACCAAAGUGAAAAUCAUGUGAAGCUUUGCCUUAUUUGGUCGACUUGGAAAGUAAAGGAGUAUCUUGGACCGGACAGUCAAAAGAAAAAGGGUAAGAGACACGAUUGAGUGAAGUGUAAUGUGGAAGAAUGAAGAUAAAGACAUGAGCUGGUUUUCUUGUGUGCUUUAUUUAUUAUACACAUUGGUUUGGCC